UCUCGUACCGUGCACAUCGAGCCAACAUGAUGAUAACAGUUUAUGUGACACCUUACAUCGUGAGUAUGUCAUACUUAUGUGUGCUCUUUCUCGCAUUCGUCUUAUAUCAUCUGAAGAAGACUCCUCCAAGGCGAAGGAAAAUUGGGACGAAUCAAAUGACACCAGGGAUGCAGAAGAAUCGGCCAUACUCGACUCAACCCAGCACCGGCAGACCUUGCACACACAUCAGAGUAUCCUCGAUUCGUCGCCAUUGCCAAAACCGUCCUGAGGGUGGAGAUUUCCCGUUACAAGAGAAAAAACAGUUUAUCCGAUUCGUUGGAAAACCCAAGGAAAAACCCAAUACAAUCUCCGAGAAAGCCUUGGUGGCCAGGCUGAACGAAGUUUACAAAGAACAAAUUCGAAGACAACGAAUGAUGAGAAUCUAGUCCAAAAACAAUUUAUAAAACAUAAAUAUCCUGUAUGUUUGUAAUAAAAU